AAGCGGGGAAUUCACUAGACGGGCAUGUCCGCGGGCAGUCUGUCCGGGCAUGCCUUUCGACGCAAUACACUUCACAGACUCUUCAGUUUGUUUUAGAACGGCUUCGCUAUUAGUUGUGUUGCAAGAUGGCAAUGCAAAGGCGGAAAAUUGCAAUAGUUACCGGUGCUGCGUUAAUAUUCUUGGAUGAAAAGAAAAGGAAGAGAAUUUGGUGCAAAAAAUGGUAUAAAUAUAGAAAUAAGUACAGCCAUAUCAAUUUGCUCAAUGAAAUUGAAAUUGAAGAACCAGCAGAUCUAUACAACUACUUACGGAUGGAUAUAGCGUCAUUUGAAUUUUUACUACAACUUAUCGAACCCAAAAUUACAAAACAAAAUACGAGGAUGAGACAGUCAGUGACUGCAAGAGAAAGAUUAAUUGCUACGCUGAGAUAUUUAGCUACAGGCAGAACUUAUGCAGAUAUGAAAUUCACGUGUGCUAUAUCGCCACAACUACUAGGUAAAAUUAUACCGGAAACCUGUAAGGAAUUAUUUAUGGCAUUAAAAGAUGACUUCAUUAAGUUUCCGUCAACUACUGAGGAUUGGUUGGAAGUUGCGCGUGGUUUCGCAAAUACAUGGAAUUUCGAACAUUGCUUAGGAGCGAUGGAUGGCAAACACAUCGCUAUUAAACAACCUCCACAUAGUGGUUCUUACUACUUCAAUUACAAAUCUUAUUACAGCAUUGUAUUAUUUGCAGUUGUUAAUGCUAAUUAUGAAUAUUUAUAUAUUCACACUGGCACAAACGGUAGAGUAUCUGAUGGAGGCGUAAUACAGGAAACAGAUUUUUAUGACAAAUUAGAAAACGGACUGUUAAAUUUACCACCCCCGAGUAUCCUUAGAAACUCUCAAAUUGUUGCCCCAUAUGUUUUUAUAGGAGAUGAUGCGUUUCAAUUGUCUGAUCACGUAAUGAAACCAUACCGCAAAGAUAUUAAUACUCCGAGAAAUGAAAGAAUUUUUAACUAUCGUUUGUGCAGGGCACGGCGAACUGUUGAAAACGCCUUUGGCAUAACCGCUUGUAGGUUUCGAGUUUUACUAUCCACUAUAAGUCUAGAAAACGUGAAUAAUAUUGAUUAUGUUGUAAUGGCUUGUUGUGCUUUGCACAAUUUUUUGAGGCGCAAUUCUUCUAACUAUAUGACAAUUCAAUGCAUGGAUCACGAAAAUCAUAAUCACACAGUUACUCCUGGAGAAUGGCGACAAGAGCAAUCACAUCAGCUACAUGGCUUGUUGAACAGAGGACGCAAUUGUGAAGAGAGAGCUAAAGUUAUAAGAAAACUGUUUACAGAGUAUUAUAAUAACGAAGGUCAAGUGGCGUUUCAAAGUCAAUUUAUAUAAUACAUACAAUUAUACAUUAUGUUCAAAUAAAUAUAAUAUAAAUUCAACUGUGAUAA